AUGCAAUAUCACGAUUUUUAUCACAUCGGAGGUUUGACACCGUUGGAAAAAUUCGAAAAGCUAAGAAAAUUAUGUUGCACGUCGGAGAAAGCAGCAAAUUUAAAAAUGCCAGCAAUCGAUGAUGAUGGGAGUGGUGGUGAAUCGGAAGAUGAACCAUGUUUACCCGAUCCCCUAUUAGAUAUACGUAAUAAAAAUGUUUUGCUUUUGGGUGGGGGUUCGGGUAUCGGUUACGAAACGAGUAAAGCACUUUUAGACGAAGGCGUCAUGAGAAUCAUAAUAGCUGAUAUUGAUAGAAUAUCCGGAACUUCGGUUGUUAAAAAAUUAUGCGAUGCAUACGGUCCGGGUAAGGCAUUUUUCAUAUUGACCGAUAUAAGAGAACAACCAUCCAUAGAAAUGGCGUUUAGAGAAAUCUACAAACGUUUCAAUGAUAUAACAAUUUAUGUUAACAUGGUCGGAGUGUAUAACGAAACUCCUCAAUGUUGGGAUAAAAUGUUGCAAACAAAUUUAUACGGAUGCAUAAGAGGAAUGUUGUUAGCUUAUAAAUAUUUGAGUCAGUAUCCUCCGGGUACGCCUAAUCCCACGAGCGUUAUUGUUAACUUAUCAUCAUAUGGAGCCAUUGCGAACGUGCCCACCAUGCCGAUAUUUUCAGCUGCUGCUAAUGGUGUACACGGACUCACGUCUAGUUUCGGACAAGAUUUUCAUUAUAAUAAAACAAAAGUCAGAUGCCUUACAGUGUGCGCAUCUUGCACGGAUAACGGUUUGUUGAGAAACAUGGAUAGGCAUCAUUACGAUAACCGUUGGGUCAAACAUUCGGCUAAAUUGAUCAAAUGUUGCACGAAACAAAGUUCCGCCAUAGUCGGCAGAGCCAUUUUCACCGCCAUCAAAUACGGUCUCAACGGUUCCGUUUACGUCAUCAAAGAAGGAAAAUAUUACAGGUUCGUUAUGCCUAGUUAUACGAAACUCAUGCGUCAGGAAACUAUUUUGCUGUAG